UACAAACCCAUUUUUAGCCUAAAAUCAAUCUUCCUCCUCUUCUUCAUUUAGAGAGAGAGAGAAGGAAAAGCACAGAGAGAAAAGGGGCGGCUUAGCUUCUUCCUUCAAUUUCAAGACUCUUUCUUUGAAGAUGUUUGAUUCUUUAAACCCAUACAUCCUUGUAGUUUCUCAGAUUCCCUCAACUUUUCCUUCCUUUCCAGGAAAAUCCAUUACCCUCCAACCCCUUAAAUUCCUUUCUUUCUUCAAGUCCUUCUAAACUCACUGCCCAUGAAAAUUUUCCAGGAAAAUAUGGUACCAUUCCUUCUUCUAACUCUCUUCUCUCUUGUGGGUACCUCUGUUUCAUACUCUCUUGCUAGUGAUUUUCAUGCCUUGGUCACCCUCAAACAAGGUUUCGAGUUCUCCGAACCAGCCCUGAGCUCUUGGAAUUUGUCAAAUCCAAGCUCAGUUUGUUCAUGGGUUGGAGUAAAAUGCUUCCAAGGAAGACUAAUUUCCCUCAAUGUAUCAAACAUGAACCUCUAUGGCACUGUUUCCCCUGUUCUUUCAAGCCUUGAUAGGCUAAUAGAGCUCUAUCUUGAUGGAAACAACUUCACUGGCGAAAUCAAUAUCGCGAAAAUGAGCAAUCUUCGAUCUCUUAACAUAUCACACAAUCAGUUCAGUGGUGACCUGGAUUGGAAUUACUCUAGCCUGGCGAAUUUGGAGUUGUUUGAUGCUUAUGACAACAACUUCACUGCCUUCCUUCCUGUUGGGAUUGUGAGUUUGGAGAAACUCAAGUACUUAGACUUGGGAGGAAACUAUUUCUUUGGCAAAAUUCCUCGAAACUAUGGCCAUUUGGUUGGCCUGGAGUACUUUUCAGUCGCAGGAAACGAUAUCCACGGGCGAAUUCCCGGUGAGUUGGGCAAUAUGACAAACUUGAGAGAGAUCUACUUGGGUUACUACAACAUCUUUGAAGGUGGUAUUCCUAGAGAGUUUGGAAAAUUGGGAAAUCUAGUUCACAUGGAUCUUUCAACUUGUGAAUUGGAUGGAUCAAUUCCUCCAGAAAUCGGGUACUUGAAGUCACUCAACACACUGUUUCUGCACAUCAAUCUGCUCUCAGGUCCAAUACCAAAGCAACUAGGCAAUCUAACAAGCUUGAUCAAUCUUGACCUUUCAGCCAAUGCCUUCACUGGUGAAAUCCCAUUUGAGCUCAUCAAUCUCAAACAGAUUAGGCUCAUGAACCUGUUCAUGAACAAACUACAUGGGUCAAUACCUGAUUUUGUUGCAGACUAUCCUGAUUUGGAAAUUCUUGGGCUAUGGAUGAACAACUUCACUGGCGUAAUCCCGGAUUCUCUAGGCAGAAAUCGGAGGCUUCAAGAGCUCGAUUUGUCGUCCAACAAGCUCACUGGUACAAUCCCUCGAGACUUAUGUGCUUCAAAACAGCUUAGAAUAUUGAUUCUGCUUAAAAAUUUUCUCUUUGGUUCAAUACCAGAGGACUUGGGCACCUGUUCAAGCCUUGUUAGAGUGAGGUUGGGGAAGAAUUACUUGAAUGGUAGCAUUCCAAAUGGGUUCAUUUACUUGCCUCAGCUAAAUUUAGUUGAGUUGCAAAACAAUUACUUGUCAGGAACUCUUGCUGAAAAUGGUGAUUUAUCGUUGAAGCCUGUUAAAUUAGGCCAACUCAAUCUAUCGAACAAUCUUCUUUCGGGUUCUUUACCAUUUUCUGUUUCGAAUUUCUCUUCCCUCCAAAUCCUUUUGCUUGGUGGAAACAAGUUAUCCGGUCCAAUCCCACGUUCUAUAGGUGAACUCCACCAGUUACUAAAGCUUGAUCUUAGUGGGAAUUCUUUUGCUGGUGAAAUCCCACCCGAAAUUGGUAACUGUGUCCUCCUCACUUCCCUGGACUUGAGUCAGAACAAUCUCUCUGGCUCAAUCCCACCCGAAAUUUCAAGCAUUCGAAUCCUGAAUUACUUGAACUUAUCAAGAAAUCAUCUCAAUGACACCAUACCCAAAUCAAUUGGUUCCAUGAAAAGCCUCACAAUUGCUGAUUUCUCCUUCAAUGAUCUGUAUGGUAAGCUACCCGAAUCGGGCCAAUUUGCUUUCUUCAAUGCCUCAUCAUUUGCAGGCAAUCCACAACUCUGUGGAUCCUUACUGAACAAUCCUUGCAAUGUCACCCUCAUCACCAAACCACCCGGAAAAUCCUCUAACAGCUUCAAGCUAAUCUUUGCCCUUGGCCUAUUACUUUGCUCUCUAGUCUUUGCAGCUGCAGCUAUAAUCAAAGCCAAGUCAUUCAAGAGAGGUGGUUCCAGUUCUUGGAAAAUGACCACAUUCCAAAAGAUCGAUUUCGCGGUUUCCAAUGUCCUGGAAUGCAUGAAAGAUGGUAAUGUGAUAGGUAGAGGUGGUGCUGGCAUUGUUUACCAUGGGAAAAUGCCAAAUGGGGUCGAAAUUGCAGUGAAGAAACUGCGUGGAUUUGGCAGUAACAGCCAUGAUCAUGGAUUUAGAGCUGAGAUUCGAACAUUGGGAAAUAUUCGACACAGAAACAUUGUCAGACUCCUGGCUUUUUGCUCAAACAAGGACACAAAUCUACUUGUUUACGAGUACAUGAGAAAUGGGAGCUUAGGAGAGUCUUUGCAUGGUAAAAAAGGUGGAUUUUUGAGUUGGAACAUGAGGUACAAAAUUGCUGUGGAUUCGGCAAAAGGAUUGUGUUAUCUUCACCAUGAUUGUUCACCAUUGAUCGUUCAUCGGGACGUGAAAUCGAACAAUAUUCUGUUGAAUUCGAGCUUUGAAGCUCAUGUUGCUGAUUUUGGGCUGGCCAAGUACUUGGUGGAUGGUGGUGCCUCAGAGUGCAUGUCAGCAAUUGCAGGGUCCUAUGGUUACAUUGCUCCUGAAUAUGCAUACACCCUGAGAGUAGAUGAGAAGAGCGAUGUAUACAGUUUUGGGGUUGUUCUCCUAGAACUCAUUACCGGGCGUCGACCAGUGGGUGAUUUUGGAGAAGGUGUGGAUAUUGUUCAAUGGAACAAAAAAGCAACCAACUGUCGAAAAGAAGACGUGAUUUGCAUUGUUGAUCCUAGACUCACCACAGUGCCCCGUGAUGAAGCAAUGCAUUUGUUCUUUAUUGCCAUGCUAUGCACCCAAGAGAAUAGUGUUGAAAGACCAACAAUGAGAGAGGUGGUUCAAAUGCUUUCCGAAUACCCUCGUUGCUCUCCCGAAAACCAAUCCUCGUCUUCUUCUAUCGUUUAUCCACACAAGAAAAACCUCGAGAAAGAAAAGAGUUUCACAAAGCUUUGACGAGAUCCGUCGUUUUUUUUUAUAUAAAAGUCGAAAUUUAGGAUUUUUUUUUUUUCCUUUAAUGGUUUCUUUACAUGGAUUGAUUAUGGUGUUGCACAAAGUUCAUUGAUCUUUCUUCUUUGUUCUUAUUUAAGACAUAGAGAUUUCGUGGCCAAAUAGAAGUAGGAAUAACUAAUGGAUGCACUUGAUUUCGAGGAGUGCCCCUUAAGUAUAGGGCUUGUAAGCUUUAACUUGUUCAUGCACGAUUUUUGUGUUAUAGUGUAUACAAGUUGUAUUUUCUUUCCUUUAGUGUAUUUGAUUGCUU